CUUCCCCAACUUCAUUUCUCCUAUCCAUUCCAACAUCCAAACUAAUUAAUUCGUGAUAACAUCACUCCAUGUCAUCAUUCUUAUCGUCACCACCGCCGGCGAAGAUGCCAACACCUACAGCGCCACCAAAAUCGGUGGAGGUGGAGGUGGAGAAUCAGAAUGUUGAUCAGACACAAACGCCUCUACCUCCGCCACCAGGAUACGGCGUCACCGGAAUCCUCAGACGCUGGAGGCAUGAAGACAUGCUCAAAAGAGGAUCUCUAGGAUUAAGAGUUUUAGGUUUUCUUUUCUCGUUGCUUGCCUUCAUAAUCAUGGCUAGUAAUAAGCAUGGCCGCGGGAGAAAUUUCGAUGAGUACGAAGAAUACAGGUACGCAUUGGCGAUUGCGAUUUUGUCGACGUUAUAUACCGGAUUGCAGUCGUGGAGGCAGAUUCACGAGAUGUCUACCGGAAAAGAAAUAAUUUCUGGCCGGAAUUCGGCGGUGAUUGAUUUCUUCGGUGAUCAGAUUACAGCGUACCUGUUGAUAUCCGCAGCAUCGUCGGCAAUACCACGAACCAACAGAAUGAGGGAAGGAGCCGACAACAGCUUUACGGACUCUUCAGCCGCUUGCAUCAGCAUGGAGUUUUUGGCCUUCUUCAUCCUUGCCUCAUCCGCCAUGCUCUCUGCCUACAAACUUGCAAAACAAACCAAUCUCUAACUCCACUUGGAUCAUUCUUUCCAAUAUUCAUUUUAAUCUUACUUCCUACUUAAUAUGUAAUAAAAAAUAAAGUUUUACUGAUCUUGUAACAAUUGAUGACGUGGGCAUCAAGUUUAUCAAUCUCUUUUUUGGUAAACGGGUGUCCACAUCUUCAAAUAUUAUAAGAUCAACAGGUUACCUGUCAAAAU